AUGCUCUGCCCUCGUAUCCUCUCGUCAUAUGUUACACUUUCAGGAACGGACGGGGCAGGGGAGGCCAUGGAGAUGAGGCUGAGGGCGCUGGAAGGGCAGCCGGAGGAGACUCGGAGGGGACUGGAGGACGCUGAGAAGAGCAAGGCGGCAGAAUUGAUGCUAGUGAAAGGCGAGCUGCUAACUGUGAGAGGAGAGUUGGUGACUGUAAGGGGGGAGUUGCUUACAGCAAGGGGUGAGCUGGCGACUGUGAAAGUGGGGCUGGACGCAUUGAAAGGGACUCUGUUAGAAACGAAAACAGAGCUGGGUGAAAAAAAGGAGUGCCUGCAGAAAGCGGAGAAUGAGAAGCUGGCUUUGGAUAAGGAGGUGAGGGAGCUGAGAGGAGGAGUGAGUAUGGAUGAGGCAGCAGAAAUGACGUGCCCCGCACCAAAGCAGGUGGAGUUUGACGUGGAAGAGGAGCUCCGGAUGCGCCAAGGCGUUCAUAGAACGGUUUGGCAGGUGAGGAGUACGAGACUGAUGGCGUCAGCUGCUAGAUAA